AUGGCACGCAGUAUUUCCAGUAAAUUGCUCGCUACAUCACUUGCCACGGCCAUCGCGCUGGGAGGCACUUAUGGAUUUCUCGUCCAUCAGCGUGUCAAGGCAGUUGAUCGCAAGCGAAUAACGAUACGAGACACCGCCCCGGACGCAUUCCGACAGUCCAAAUCAAUCAAGGAUAUUGUCAACAUCAAAGGCCACCGGGACCAGGGUGACUCGCGGCACAUUACUGUCGAGAUUCCCGCACAUCUGCAAAAUGAGCCUGACGAGGCCCUGCUGGCUAGAUUCGUCAAGGGGUUUUUCGGAGGCAUUGUCAUUGGGCCUGAACGACUGACGCUGCAAACCUUGGGGUUGAAUUUGGUCAAAUUCACCAGUGCGCAUGCUCCCUCAACGGGACAGCGACUAUGGUCAACCAAAGACCUGCAGGACAAUAAGCUCCCUCCCCUGCACUCGGUCUUGUUUGGUGUGUUCCAGGUCACUGACAAGAACCUGGCCGAGCGCAGCGGCAGCGAGCCAAGCGAAAGCUAUGUUGACUUCGCCUUUGGCAGCGAUGAGACCGUCUUUGCCGGCGCUCACCGUUUCGCAGUAGUGAGAUAUCCUCGCUCAAGUCAGCAACCGGCUGAUGAACCGACGACGGUCCAAAUCCACAGCCAGUCAAUUGUCUGCAACCCCUUGUAUGACAGGCCGCUCCGGCCACAGUUCAUGUUCACCUUUCAUCUGGCAUAUGCCGAUCUGCUGUUCAGGGACGCAAUCGCAGAGGUGACCCAGUGGUUACAGGGAUAA